CACAGUUUAAGUCCGUUUACAGCUACUAAACCUGACCGGUAAGCGCAUUACCGGAGCAGCGCGGCGCAGACACGAGCGCUCGCGCAGAUCACAGAGGUGCCAGAUUACAUCAGCAUGAAUAACCGAUUACAGCAAGCGUUAUCAGAGCGAUCGGUGAGAUGUGACGUGAACCGUCUGUGCAAUUCAUAAAGCCUGUCAUCGGUUACAGAAGCGUCACUAGAUGCCAAACGUCACCGUCGCUGUCACAGAUGUCAGAAAGAGAGAGCUGGUAAUUCAUUACCCAAAGAGCUGAAAAUGAUGGACACACAGCGUGCUUUGCUGGCCGUGGAGCGGCUGCAGGAGCGGCUGAAGAAGAAGGGAGAACUACCUGCUGAGGAAAAACUCAGUCUGCUCAAGAGUGUUUUACAGAGUCCCCUGUUUCACCAGAUCCUCAUUAUGCAAGACACCGGACAACAGCAUCAGCAACAACAGGUUUCCCCCAGAAUGCCUCUUUCCCAGUCACUGAGUGUUGAUGCAGAUGUUGUGAGCACAUCCCAUCCCUCAUGCACACUGAGAUACAGAGACUCUUAUCUCUCAGCACAGCGGCGAAAUGACCGAUGUCAAUCCUCCAAUCAUGUGACCUUUGGCCCUUGCAUCACUGUGGACAUCUCUCUGCUGCAGUCCAUGGCCAAGGGUCGGUCUGUGCUUAGUUUUGAGCUGGAGAAGGGUGGAAGUGCUUUAGGCAUCAGCAUUGUUGGUAUGGAUCCUGAAGGCAGUGGAGGUCAUGGUAUCUUCAUACAGAAGAUCCAGCCAGACUCUGUAGCAUACAGUGAUGGACGUCUGCAUGAGGGUGAUCAGAUUCUAGCAGUGGAUGGCAAUCUGUUUGAAUCCUCUGUGACUCAAGAACAAGCUCUCCAGGUUCUUCAAGAUGCUGCUUCUGUGGUAACCUUAAUUAUAGCCAGGGAACCAGCCCCAUCAUUCAGCCCCCCACAGCCUCGACAACUUCAUCAUAUUGAGCUGCAGAAUGACGGAUCGGGUCUGGGCUUCGGCAUCAUUGGAGGGAGGAGUACUGGCACCAUGGUAAAAACCAUCCUACCUGAUGGUGUAGCUGGAAGGGACGGGAGAUUACGCGGUGGAGAUCUGCUCCUCAGAAUCGGUGAUGUGGAUGUGUCCACUAUGGGCAGUGAGGAAGUGGCACGUGAGCUCCGUCUUGCUGGUCCCCGUGUGAGACUUAUCAUUGCCAGAGAAACCACUGAUGGUGACCUUUCACCUUCCAUCGCCCAGCUACAGGGUUUAGCAGAGAAAAAGGAAAAAGAGUUCGGCAUCAGAUUCAGUAACAACAAAAACGGUUUCAGCAUCUCCAGAUCUCUGGAUAACCUGGACAAAGAGUCCAGUGGGUUUGAAAUAAAGAGCAUACUGAAAGGAAAAGCCGUGAAUCCGGAUGGACAAAUUCACACCAGAGAUCACAUCAUUGCUAAACCGAAAGCAGCGGAGAUUCUGCACACGACUGGUCAACAAGAAGAAAUCUCUCUUCAGAGAAAGAGCUCAACAUCUGGAGCACAGACAGCGUCCUCCAUCUCUCAGAGAGACUCGAGCCCUCUGGGGCUUCUUCCCCCUCCGCUGCCUCCACGUCUGCCCGAAACGAAGCCUGUCCUGCCCCCAGGGAAAGUCUUCUACACUGAACGCCGGGACCUCAACUUCAACAGAGAGUGCAUGGAGUCAACGCCAAGCUGUUAUUUAAAGUCCAACAUGGAGAACAGAAACAACAUUGUUUCACUUUGCAAACUGCCUGAUGAAGAGGAUAUAUUGAAGAAGAAGUGGCAAAGCAAGCUGGGUCCUCAAUAUGAAGUCAUGGUGGCCCAGGUACAGAAACUGACUGAGAGCAGCGGUCUUGGUGUGAGUUUGGAGGCUAAGGAAGGUCAUCAUUAUAUCUGCUCUUUACUGCCAGAGGGUCCGAUCGGACAGACGGGAAUCAUUCAUCCUGGAGACGAACUGCUAGAGGUGAACGGCUUCUCUCUGAUUGGUGAGACACACAAGGAAGUUGUGAGCUUGCUGAAGGAACUUCCUGUGAAUGUUUGUGUGGUUUGCAGUCGUCUCAUCCCACCCACAGCCAGUGAUGAAGAUGAUGAUGAUGAUGAUGAUGAUGUACAACUCAACCUCAAGAAGCUACUAGCAGAAUUUAAUGAAAAGGCCGAGCUAAACUCGUCUGCAUGCAGAGAGGAAGAAUGGAGGACAGAUGCUCCUAUGCUUUCCCAUCAGGCCAUGUGGGAGAGCCAGAUUCAAGUUUAUGAGCUGCAGAAAGGCGAUUCUGGUCUGGGAUUCAGCAUACUAGACUAUCAGGACCCCAUGAACCCAGGGCAUACUGUGAUAGUGAUCCGCUCUCUUGUAGCAGGCGGUUUGGCAGAAAGAGAUGGCCGCUUGCUGCCAGGCGACCGGUUGAUGUUCGUGAACGGGACUGACUUGAGCCACGCGAGUCUGGAUCAGGCCGUCCGCGUCCUGAAGAGCACUGCUUUGGGAAUCGUACGCAUCGGAGUCACCAAACCCUUAACGGAGAAUGAGACUCAGGAUGCAGAAGAUGAUGUAACUGUCAGCGUUCACUCCGAACAUUACAACCAGCACAGCACUUUGCAGACAAAUUCCCCCUCUCAGAACAGCAGGAUGGAGACUGACGCUAAACACGUCUCCAUCCCUUCAAGCGGCUAUGAGAGAAGCAUUACUAUAGUCAGGGGAAACUCCAGUCUGGGAAUGACAGUGAGUGCCUUAAGGGAUGGUUCAGGCAUGAUAAUCCGCUCUGUGGUUCAUGGCGGGUCGAUCAGUAAAGACGGGAGACUGGCGAUCGGGGAUGGAAUUGUUGCCAUCAAUGGAGAAUCCACCACAAACCUGAACAAUGCACAAGCCAGAGCUAUGCUGCGCAGACAUUCACUGAUCGGACCUGAUCUCAGCGUGACGUAUGUACCUGCUGCCUUCCUGGACAUGCACAGAGCCAGCUAUAGCCAAUCAAAAGAGGAAAUAGAAACCCACAGAACAGCUACCGUCCAACCCAAGCACUUACAAAACCUGCCUUUCAAACCUCUAGAAUGCAUUUCUGAACAACAGAGUACAGUGGACGGUAAAGGAGUGAACGGAAAGACUCAAGCUGAAGAAGAGAAAGAAAGAACAGAUAACCACAGCCAAGUAAGACUAAGAGAGAGCGAUGAAAGACUGGAAAGAGACAACAAGGUGAAGAAUGAAGAAGCGGCCUUGCGGAGUGAGAACGGACAAAGACGACAGAGAAAAAAAGAUGAUGAAGAGACACACAGAAAUGAUCGUAGCUCGUGGAGUCAGCCUAGAAGAGUCACAUUAUUCAGGGCCGGGGCCACGAGUCUGGGCUUCAGUGUGGUGGGGGGUCGUGGCAUGGGCAGUCGACUCAGCAAUGGAGAAAUGAGACGCGGCAUCUUCAUAAAACACAUCGCGGAGGACGGUCCAGCUGCAUGCAACAGCGCUCUGAAAGAAGGAGACCGAAUUCUUCAGGUUCAAGGUGUAGAUGUGAGUGAUUUUACUCAUGAAGAAGCCGUUGAGGCGAUCCGUAGAGCAGGAGACAGACUCCAACUACUAGUGCAGAGUCCUCAACUUUCAGCUCCUGACAACUUCCCUGAAGAUCACGAUGCAUCGAAAUCUAAUUCUCAAACUCAUCAGGAGCCCGAAAUCCCUAGUAAUCAUUCCCCAACCUACCCCUUCAGUCCCAUACCCUUUAAGCGAACAGAAGCCUGUAUGUUGGGGAAGCCUCCACAUGUAGCUCCAUCACUCCUGAAACUGACAUCUAAACACAUGGAGACAGAAACUGAUGCAGUGCAGCGGCUUCCAGAGAAACCACCGCUGCCAGAAGAGGAUUCACAGCAUCACAGCGAGCCGGAGCAGGCCUCUUACUGGAGCCGCAUGCAGCAGAGGUAUGGCCGUCUUCCUGGAGAGCUGCACAUGUUUGAUCUGGACUGUGGCUCUCACGGCUCUGGACUGGGAUUGUGUUUGUCGGGAAACAGAGAUGGAGCUCGUGGUCGGAUGAGUGUGUACGUGUCAGAGAUCAAACCAGACGGGGCUGUGGCCGCAGACGGUCGGGUCAGAGUGGGAGAUGAACUACUGGAGAUAAAUGGUCAAGUGCUGUAUGGACGCAGUCACCAGAAUGCAACAGCAAUCAUCAACAAUGCUCCAGUUAAAGUCAGGAUUCUGCUCACAAGGAAUAAAGCUGCACAGAAACAGAUGACUACAGGACCAGCAUAUGAGAUGCACAACUGUCCUGUUAUAUCUCCAGUCUUGCUCAGAGAAGGUCAACAUUCAGUAUUAUUGCAGCAUGGAGGGAUCAGCAGAGAGGAUAAACUCAACAUCGGUCUUCCUGCCACAUCCAAUCACAAGCCCUCCUGUCAUCCUGCCAGUCACAUGACUCCCAGCCACUGUACGCCUUCGUCAGCUGAUCCCGCAGCCAAUCAGAGCUCUUCUUACUUGGCUCAGUGUUCUGUGACCUCUGACCCCCUAACGAGUCCAAUCAUAGCUGGCUGUAUGAACAUCAUUGAUAUCUGCAAGGGCACCGCGGGGCUCGGCCUCAGCAUAGUAGGAGGCUGCAACACAGUGCUGGGUGUAAUAGUGAUUCAUGAAGUGAAUAAAGAUGGUGCGGCAUACAGAGACGGCCGGCUGUGUUCUGGAGAUCAUAUUCUAGAGGUGAACGGCAUUGAUCUGAGGAUGGCCACUCAUGAGGAGGCCUUGAGCGUCCUGCGCUUGAGUCCGCAGCGAGUGCGCUUGUGCAUCUACAGAGACCUUGGGAUAGAAAACCACUGCACACACGUCCUCCAGAACCGCACACCCGGGGACAUGUGGGACCUCUUCGGUGUGGAACUAAACCUCAAAACAGGACAGGAACUGGGGCUUUGCAUUGUGGGUAAAAGAAAUGACACUGGAAUCUUUGUGUCUGAGAUAAAAAGGGGAGGGGCUGCAGAUUUGGAUGGAAGACUGUUACUAGGUGACCAGAUUCUGUCUGUGAAUGGAGAGGACGUGCGAGCUGCAUCACAGGACUAUGCAAGCGCACUUCUGCAGAGCUGCAGUGGGUCUGUGCUGUUGGAGGUGGCUCGUUUUAAAGCUUCAUCACACUACUCAUAUGGAGAUCAGGUGGACGAGCUGGACGUCCCUCUUCUCGCCUCGUUCAGCACAUAUGAUUCUGUGGAUGAGAACGUGGACAUCAGAACGGUCACCGUUCAGAAGUGUGAGUGUGAGUCUGUGGAGCUGAGAUUGAGAGAUGGAAUAGUUUAUAUCUCUAACCUGGACCCGACCACAUCUGCGGCGCGCGCUGGACUUCUGCAGCUGGGUGCCAGGGUCAUCAGCAUUAACGGGACAUCGACAGAACGUCUCUCUGAUACUGAGGCUAGUGCUCUCCUGAGAAACAGCAGCGGAGCCGUCACACUGCAGGUGAUGCCGAGUGGCUGCGCAGAUGGAGCUAGUAAAGAUCAAGCAUCUGUAAUUCACUCCUCACCUGGAGUCAACACUACACACAACCACCACAGUUCUCCCCAGCUCCAGACGAUCACUCUUGAGCGCGGCGCUGCUGGACUUGGCUUCAGUAUUGUGGGAGGAUUUGGCAGUUCUCAUGGUGACUUGCCAAUCUACGUCAAGAACAUAUUUCCCAAGGGAGCCGCGGUGGAGGACAGGCGUCUGCGUCGCGGUGAUCAGCUGCUGAAAGUAAAUGGAAAGAGUCUGGAGGGUGUCACUCAUUCAGAAGCCGUCGAGCUCCUUAGAAAAACCAGCGGGACUGUUACUCUACAAGUACUCUCAAAAACACUACCAACAUGCUGAAAUUUCACCAUCCGUCCUGUCCAGAGGAUUGCAUAGACCUCAAGAAGCAGAUCAUCAGACACAGACGAAGAUCUACAAGCAGGAAUUAUCAAAAAAAACUCCCAAAACUGAAUAAGUGAAAGAAAUGUGUAAAAGUGGGAGAUGCCAAUAGAGACUAGUGCUAAACCAGUGGUUCUCAACCAAACGGACAGAAGUUAUUAAAAUGAUGAUUAUUAAUAUUAAUGCA